GUGAAAAUGUCCUCUCCGCUUUCAAAGCCUCAGAUAAUCGCUCACAUUCAGAGGAGUUUAAACUACACGGUGUUUGACAGCAAAUGGAUUCCCUGCAGCGCAAAGUUUGUGUGUUUGGGGAACUUUCCCAGAGGAACGGGAGUGAUCCAAAUUUACGAGGUGCAGCACGGAGAGGCUCAGCUCAUCUCCGAGGUGGAGAAACCCAAACCUUUAAAAUGUGGAACGUUUGGAGCCUCGACUCUUCAGCAAAGACACUUAGCAACUGGGGAUUUUGAUGGAAAUCUCAAUAUUUGGAGUCUGGAGGCGCCCGAGGUGCCACUUUACUCCGUUAAGGCCCACAAAGAAAUCGUGAACAGUAUUGAUGGAGUCGGUGGUUUGGGGGUUGGUGACGGGGCUCCUGAGGUCGUCACUGGAAGCAGAGACGGGACAGUAAAGGUGUGGGACCCCCGGCAGAAGGACUCACCUGUGGCCAACAUGGAGCCUGUAGAAGGAGAGCCCAGGAGGGACUGCUGGACUGUCGCAUUUGGCCAUGCGUUCAAUGAUCAGGACCGAUGUGUGUGUGCCGGCUACGACAACGGGGACGUCAAACUGUUUGACCUGAGAAACAUGUCCCUGCGGUGGGAGACCAACAUCAAAAACGGGGUGUGCUGCGUGGAGUUCGACAGGAAGGACAUCAACAUGAACAAGCUGGUUGCCACGUCACUGGAGGGCAAAUUCCACGUGUUUGACAUGAGGACGCAGCACCCCACCAAGGGCUUUGCCUCCGUCUCCGAAAAGGCUCAUAAGUCCACCGUCUGGCAGGUGAGACAUUUGCCCCAAAACAGAGACGUCUUCAUGACUGCAGGGGGAGCUGGUAACCUGCAUCUGUGGAAGUAUGAGUAUCCUGCCAAAAGAAGCAAGAAGGACUCUGACGGUGUGGACGUGGGUGUAGCUGGUUCCAUCAGCCUCUUGCAGAACGUCACUCUGUCCUCUCAGCCAAUCGCCAGCCUGGACUGGAGCCCCGACAAGCAGGGCCUGUGCCUGUGCUCCGGUUUCGACCAGUCGGUCCGCGUCCUUAUCGUCACAAAACUCAACCUGCUCUGAAGAAAGGACACG